CCUUGGACAAGACUUGUCCGCUUCCCGCUUUGAAAUUGGAGGCUCUCUGAAACAAGGAGACUGCUUUGCCAAACGGUCAUGAAGGGGAUGAUGUUGCCACCGUACCGUUCGCGAAAUGGCUGGACAUCAACGUUGUACCAGUACCCUGGGGCGGCUCCCCCUUCAGCUUAUUGACUCGACUAAGUUUCCUUCUUUGUACAGCGGUCUAGCUAUGUAGCUGCAUAGUUGGCGUGCAAAUGAAUCCUGGGUAACCAUGAUUAAAAAGGGGCGGCUCUGCGGAUUCACUAUUCCUACACAUCUCCUCAAUACUCCCAACCGCUGACUCGUAAUCCACAUCUCGUGCUCGUCAGCUUCUCAACGUUUGAUCACAAUGUCUGCUUCUGACUCGAAAAUCACUUGGAGCCCUCCUAGCAGUAGAGCACAUGUUCAUCCAGCCAGCCCAUUACACUACGGUAGCCCUUUAUUUCCGAGCCCCGACGCCCACGAUCACCCUCGUGGACGCAAGAGUUCAUGGCGCGAACGCUCACCUCGGCCGCCUAGCCAAAGGCGAGUCCACGAAUCCACUUCCCACCCCCAGACCGUACCGUGCGCCCCUGUCACUCCUUGUGCUUUGCUCACCGCCGCCGGCUCCUUGAUGCAGGUCCCAGCGACCUGCAGCCGAUCUUGCGGGCUACCAUAUGCUUCGCGGUACAUCUGGUCGGCCUUACUCCAUUGUUCAGUCGACCGUCAGAGAAGAGAUGAAGACAAGCCACACUCUUCCACAGAAUUCCGAAAUGUGAAAAGUGCAAAUUAUACAAAUAGAGACGUUGGUGGUGCUGCGUUCAUUUAAAUCAUCAGUUCUCAAAGUUCUGUCUGUCAGUGGCCAUGGCUCUUCUCCACUGCGGUGAAUCCUCCGCUUGGUGAAUAGAAAGUGAUACCCGAGAGCUCGAAUGUGGGGGUGUAGAUUCGAAGGUCGAGCUUCUCGUUAGGCAUCAAGGCGAGCAUGCAGUAGUGACAUUGCUACCACGAAUCUUCAAAGGCAGUGCAAAGAGCAUUGUUUAUAAAGACGUCAUCUUCUCUUGUUGACCCAGCAUCGCUUUUGAGGGUCCACAUAGGGGUCAAGAUUUCCAGGUUCGAAGCCUUAAGGGUGAAAGCAUGUCUUGAAACAGCACUGCGUGUUCCUCUGUCCACCGCUUGAUGCCAAUCCCGAGUGUUGCCAGGGGACUAAUUCCAACUCUGGCUAUGGCAAUGCACACGAUCGAA